AUGUCCCGGGCCCUGGGGCUGGCCCUCCUGGCCUUGGCAUGCACUGUGGACCUGGGCCAGACCAGUGGUUUCACAGAAAAUGGCCUCUCUCUGCUGAGUUACCAGCUGUGCAGCUACCCCGUGACCCGAAGUGUCCAGAAGCUGCAGGCGGUGCAGACCCCUUACACAGCCUAUGUGUACUGUGGAGGAUGGAUCCCCUGGAAAAAGUGCCCCAAGACCGUGUACCAGACCCAAUACCUGGAGAUGAACGUCCCUGAGUCCAGGAAUGUGACCGACUGCUGUGCAGGUUUUGAGCAGCUUGGCCUCUACUGUGUUCUGUCCCGGAACCGGUCCAGGGAGUUUGCCUCGAGACCCGGGGUCUGCCCAACAGCUGAGCCAGGGCCAUUUAGAUCCUCAUGCAGCUUGGACACAGACUGCCCUGGACUUCAGAAGUGCUGCGCCUGGCCAGGGGGACACCGCUGUGUGUCCCCCACACACACAGGUACAGAGAGGAGCAUAGUGGGCUGGUACAAUGUCACUGUGCUGGUGAAGAUGGGCUUUGAGGACCUGCAGAGAGAGGACCCUGGGCUCCGGAACCACACGCGCCUGCUCUACUCUUUGGUCACCAGUGCCUUGCAGCCUCUGAACCCAGCUGUACACUACCUGACCUCAACUGGUGGCAAGGACACAUUCACCACAGUGUCAUGGCUGCUGCUGGGCUUCCCACAUCGCAUGACUGUAGCCAACGUCUCCACCAUGUUGGAUGACAUGGUGAAUAGAGUCUAUGAGGUGAUCAGCAUCCAGGUGCAAGACGUGAACGAGUGUCUUCACAGUGAGCUCCAAGCCUGCUCUGAAGGAAAACAGUGCCGGAACCUGGAGGGCUCCUACCAAUGUGUGUCUCCCCAGCAGCUGACCACCUUGCCUUCCCAGCAUCUGAACCACACAGAUAAAGACUGCCCUCCAAUCCGAGACUUCGUGGCGCUUGACGUCACCAGCAGCAGUUUCCAUGUGUCCUGGAGUUUGAAUUCCACUCGGAACCACACUUUCCAUGUACAAGUGUACAAGGGCAGAGAAAUACUCAUUAGCACUCGGACAGGGGCCCGGACUCUGGCUGUGCCUGACUUGGAGGCCGGAGUACUUUACAGAGUGAGGACUAGCUACCUGGGGUGCCAGGCCAACAUCUCUGCCACACUGGUUGUCAAGACAGAUGCCCGGGUUUUCCAGGUCACGAUACGGAUCAUGAACCGAAACCUGACAGAACAGAUUCUCAACUGCAGCAGCGGGGAAUUCUGGAACUUUUCUCGACAGCUGUUUCAGGAGGUGGAAAACUCCUUCCCCCAAGUCAUUUCUGACAUGUACAGACAGGGGAGGCUGAAGAUGCAGAUCGUGUCUCUGAAGGCAGGGGGUCUGGUGGUGACGCUUAGACUCACCCUGCAAGAUCCUGACUUUCUAGUGGAUGUUGGCACACUGAAACCCAUGUUGCAGCCUCUGUCUAUGAGCACUGUGUUCCAGGUUGACCAGCAGGGGACACGAGUGCAAGACUGGGACGAGUGUGCACACAGCUCAGAACACGACUGCCACCCAGCCGCACGCUGCAUCAACCUGGAGGGCUCCUACACAUGCCAGUGCCUCACAGCCAGGGACGCCAACCCCUCCAGGGCUGGCAGGGUCUGCGAGGGUGACAUGGUGACUCCCACAGGAGGUGGACUGUCUGUAACAACGAAGGUCACAGCCCCAGCUGUCAGUAUGGGAAUAACAACCUUUGGCCCAGAGACCCUCACCUUGUCACCAAGUUCCGAGCAUCCAAGGAGCACCCCAGCAGAAGGCCAAGCCUCGACCCCAGGGCCUUCGUCUAGGAGAGAUGGUGGUAGCACGGCCAGGCAAGAUAGGAAUAGCACAGGACAGGAUGUGGAGGUGCCCAACGUGACCCAGAACCCACACACCACGAGAGAGCCACAGGAACACAUGACCAAAGGUCCACCCUUCCUGACCGCUAGAUCCACCGGCUAUGUUGUGUGGCACCCUAGUCCCACUUGGGAGACACCUCUGAAAUCCACAAGACUGCAGAACGAAGACCCUCCACCUUCCUCUUCCCCAGGCCCACCAUCGACCCUAGUCGCUGUGACUCCAGAGACCCCUGCCUGUGUUCCUGGACCCAUUGGAAAGGUCACAAUCUCUAAUGUGACCAGUACCAGCUUCUCCCUCAAGUGGUUGGCAGACUUCCACCUCUCCCCCGCCUUCUCCCUCACAUUGGUCUCUCCUCGGGGCCCCGCCAAGACUAUGGAGACCCAGCACAAUAAUGUGACAUUGUCAGGGCUGGAACCCGGAACCUUGUACCUGGUGGAGAUUAUGGCUAACAUGUGUGGGAAGGAAGGUGCCAGAACACAGCUGAAAGUGCGGACAGCGGCCCACAAACUCGCUGGUAAAGUUCGGAUCCCAAGCAUGCAGUAUUCAGAAUCCUUCCGCAAUGCCAGCAGCAAGGAGCAUCAAGAGUUCGUACAGAUGUUCUUCAGAAUGGUGCGGGACUCUCUGCCAGCCACGCUUCGUCAGCACAUGGACGAGGGCAGGAUUCGAGUGGACAUCAUCAACAUCACAAAUGGCAGCGUGGUGGUGGAGUUUAAUUUGCUAAUGACAGCAGACCUGGAUGUCAGGGAGGUGUCUGCUGGCUUCCUCACUGCCUUCCAGAACUCAUCGAUGCUGGAGGUAGUCAGAGGCAAAAGCUUUAUACAAGAUUACAAUGAAUGCGACAUGAGGGAGGAUGACUGUGCCCCUGGGACGUGCACGAACACCUUCGGGUCUUUUACGUGUAGCUGUGAUGGGGAAAGACCUAACUCACAGGUGGAAUAUUCUGGAAGAUCCUGUGAUGGUGGCUCCUCUGGCAACACGGCCCAGACCCCAGGCUCAGAGCGGCUCCCUACCCCUGUGCCAGAUGCCAGCUCCACACCCCAGGACCUGCCCCUCAGACUGAACCUGACGGAUGCCGUUCGUGUGUCCUGUGAGAUCGAAAUGGUGGUCAUCGCCAUCCAGAAGCGCUUUCUGCAGCAGGAGGCCAUACCUGAGGCCUCCCUGUACCUGGGAGAGCCGUCCUGCAACGUGAGCAGAAGCAACAGCACACACGUGUUCCUGGUGGCUGGCUGGGGCCAGUGCGGGACCCUCGUACAGAGCAACAUGACCACCACAGUGGUGAAGACCACGCUGAGGAACGACCUGUCCCCAGAGGGCGUCAUCCACCACCUGCAGAUCCUCAGUCCCAUCCACUGUGCCUUCCAGAAUGACCUUCUGACCUCCUCGGGCUACACCCCACAGUGGGGGGUCUACACCGUCAUCGAAGACCUCCACGGUACCGGCAAUUUUGUCACGGAAAUGCAGCUGUUCAUUGGCGAUUCUCCCAUACCCCAGAACUAUAGCGUGUCCGCCAGCGAUGAGAUCAAGAUCGAGGUGGAGCUUCACAGGCAGAAGAGCAAUCUGAAGGUCGUGUUGACUGAGUGCUGGGCCACCCCCUCCAGCAACGCCAAGGACCCCGUCACCUUCGGCUUCAUCAAUAACAGCUGCCCCGUUCCCAACACCUACACCAGCGUGAUCCAGAACGGCAACUCCAGCAAGGCCCAGUUCAAGCUGAGAAUCUUCUCCUUCAUCAACAACUCCAUCGUCUACCUGCACUGCAAGCUGAGAGUGUGCAUGGAGAACCCCAGGAACUCCUGCAGAAUAAACUGCAAUGACUUCCGGUUACUGAGAAGUAGUGAAGCCAUACACCAGAUGACCUGGGGGCCCCUCCAUCGGUCUGAAGGUGCACAGGCAUGUACAAAGCCAGGCCUGGGGACUGGUUACAUCGUUCUCAUAGCAGCAGCUGUGCUUGUGGUGGUGGCAGGGGCCGCAACCCUUCUGAUCUUGCGUUACCAGAGGGUAAAGCAGAAAUACAAUCUUCGAAUCCAGUCUGACGACUUCAGCUACCAAGUGUUCUCUCAGUAGGAGGCCCAGCCGCCUGGGAGAUGGAGCACCCUGUAAAUAAGGUCCAGUGGCUAACUCAUCGAACAUUGACAGGAGUCCAACUCUGUACGGUGUUGUACCGACACUUGGGGAUGAGACCUUUCAAUGCCAGCAAACCUCUGUCUGCCCCCGAGAGCCUGAAGACACCAAGCACCAGCCAGCAGACUGGUGACAGGCCUGCUGAAUACGAGGGCAGAACACCGGAGGGGCCUUCAUCCUCAAACCCAGCACAAACACAGCCCCAGUCACCACAGUCUUCCAAGCUAUAACAUCCAAGCUGCUCCCAAGGUCCUCGUUCUCUGACAACUACCUCCUCACAGACCAUCCCCAGUGCCUGUGAGGUUCACUCACGAGCGGAUCCACCCACUAAACUCCUCAUACACUAAACUCCCCAUACACAGACAACGCUAAUUCCCCUCUCCUUAUCCACAUGCAGACGACCUAGGUUGGAUACAGGAAGCUUUCUAAUGAGUCUCAGUCACAUGAUGUGUACGUACUGCUCUUGCAGGUUUCCCAGCACACCCGUGGCCAUUUUCCCAUUUAAUUCCAUGAAGAGGAAGGUGUGAUUUUUGUUUGUUUGUUUGUUUUGUUUUGUUUCCCCACUUGGGGAGGUGCAUACCCAUGCUAACGGGUCCUUGCUUUGUUGAUUUGAUGAGAGACCAGGAUUGGUUACGCAGUUAACGCCCGAGGCCAUAGCGUUCUCCCUAAUGAGAUUAGGAUCAUAAUGGCGUUCUAGCUUUUAAUUAAUACGCUUACUUCUGUCGAGUGUGACUGUCACGUACACAGACCGUUUGGGGAAAUGAGUCUUUCGACUCCUUGCAUAGUCUUGGGGGUGAGAAUGACAACCGGGAGUCUUCGUGGCUAGCUGACCUUGAGCAAUAAAUUUUUCCUGGCACUGAA